AUGAGAGGAGAUCCGUGUUUGGAAAGAGAAGUUGUUGAGAUCAGACGCAGUAUGGCUUCAAACGACGGUGCAGUUAUCGUGGUCAUGGGUGUCAGCGGCGCUGGAAAAACCACAAUAGGUCGGAGGCUGGAAAAAGAGAUGCAAUAUAAGUAUCUUGAUGCCGAUGAUUUCCACACUGAAUUAAACAAAGAAAAGAUGCGCAUGGGAAUCCCUCUCACAGAUGAAGACAGGAUGCCAUGGCUUGAAACACUACGCGAUGUCAUAAACGAAUACUUGAAUAACAAAAAGGGUCUCAUUCUUGGUUGUUCUGCUUUGAAGCGUCAAUAUAGAGAAAUGCUUAGAUCAGGUUACCCUGCAUAUAAAUGGGGGACUUAUGCAAGUCCUGUUAACUUCAUUCUGUUGGAUGCUCCUGCUGAAGUCCUGAGUGUUCGAGUUAAUGCUAGAGCUACAGAAGGAAAACAUUUUAUGCCUGCAUCACUUCUUCAAUCUCAGUUAGAUUUGCUUCAGAUCGAUGAUCGCGAGGGAAUACGUAAAGUUGAUGCUACUUUGAUACCCCAAGCCAUUGUCAACACCAUUCUAAACAUGCUCCAGUUUCAGGGCUGUUUCCAUCAUGAUUGUCUUGAGCUUCAUUAA